UAUUUUUUAAUCUUAUCACGGGUGGACAUGAAUUUAAGAGUGUAGUUCAGUUACUCAGUUACCUUUAGGAAAUGAACAUGAAAAACGCUGUUACCAGUCUUCAGGUUAUUCAGCAUAUUAAAAACCAAGUGAUGAUUUGAUGAUUAUAUUAGCUCCUGAAAAUCACGCAUUUUAAAUAACAAAAAAAAACCCUACGUAGAUCGGAAUUUCAUUUCUUGAAUUCUUGAUAAUGUCACUCGGAUCGGACACUCGUGUCACUGUCACUUUUAUAGGUUAUGUUGUGUUUUGGUGCAAUAUCAUACAGGUUUAGUCCCCUAUCGUAUAUUGAAUAUAAAUAUUCUCAAUAAAUAAUGGGGAAACGGAAAAAUAAAGACGCUAAAAAGAAAGUUAACUUAGUUUUUGAUGAAUCUAAGAGAAAAGAAUUCCUAUGUGGGUUUCGCAAAAGGAAGUUAGAAAGAAAAAAGAAGGCACAGGAGGAAUUGAAACAACUUCUAAAACAAGAAAAGAAACGGAUAAAACAAGAGAAUAAAGAAUCGUACAAAAAGCUGGUAGUGUCAAGCCGACCUAUUCCAGACAUAGAGCAACUUCUACAAGAAGAAUAUGAAGACGAGGAUGUUAACGUUAAAAUAGUGGAACUCUCAGCAGAUACUUUGCAGAAGAAGGACUUAGUAAUAGGUGAAAAUAAACCAAAAGAAAAAGUACAGACACCUAAGGAUAAAAAUAAAAACAAAGAUGCAGAAAGAGCAGCAGUGGUUCCUGGCAUGGGUUCAGAUGAAGAAAGUAUGGAGGAGGAAACGGAAGGUGAGGAAGAUGAAGAUAAUAAAAUAAAAACAAAGAAAGAAAUAAAAAGCAUGUUGAAGAAACAGGCAACUAAGAAAAUACAGAAAAGUAAAGUAUUCCAAAUGAAAAGCAAACUAGAUAGAAUUCAGAAUAAAAAGAAGUCAUUACAAAAGAAAGGACAUAUGAGAGGAAAAGCUGAUUCAAAGAAAGGUCAUGGAAAGUCUAAGGAUAACCCGAGAAAAGAUAAAUCAAAGAAAAAAGUUGGUAGGAGAAAACAUUGAUUUAUUUUAUAACAAAAUUAUUGAUUAACAGAACAGUUUAAAUAUAAUGAGGUAAAUUCACAUAUUUAUGGCUUGAUUCUUCAAACUUAUUCUAUGAUUGUUUUACUUUAUUAAUAUUUGAGUUAAAAUCAAACUGGCAUUGCAUUUAAAACAAUACAAAACACCUUUGUAUGAAACUAAGGCACUUACAUUACCCACUAUAUAACAAUAAACAGCCAACUUGCAUUGUAAAAACUAAAUAAAACAUUAUCCUUUGAA